AUGGGAUCCAUGAGCUUGUUUUAUUGCCUGAGGGAGGUGCCUUCUGGGUGGCCCUUGGAGGUUGUCAUCGGCGCUUGGGUCCACCUCACAGCAAAAGAUUGGCCCGCAAAUGUCCAGCACGGCAAGGCAGCGUUGGCUUCGCGACUGGAGGAGCUCUGGGCUGAGGAGGGGCAGGAGUGGCUCGCCGGGCGGGGGCUCUCCAAGGGGACGCGUGAGGCUCAGCUUGCCGAAGUACUCCUCCAGCACGGCCUGGCCGAGGCGCAGGGAUGCUCGGUGACGCACUUCACGUCCGAGGGGCUGGUGCGAAAGUCCGGGUACGUCCCGCUAAAGUUUCGUGAAUCCUUCCGCGAGGUGUGGCUUCGUGAAGGCUGCCGGGAGCUGGCCGGGCGCCUGGCCGCAGCGGAGGCGAAGGCCGAGACUGCAAAGCGCCGCAGGCUGGAGGAGAGCUCUGCUGAGCUGCAGGCCGCGAUGGAAGCGAGCGCCCGGCGCCAGGAGCUCUGUGAGGCUCGCGUGGCUGAGCUGGAGGCCGCAGCUUCCGACAAGGAUGCCGAGCUGCAGGCGGUCCAGGAGGAACGCGGCCGGCUCGCAUCUCGCUUGGAAGAGGUGCAGGACGAGGUCCGGGCUUUGCAAAGUGAACGUGCCAAGCGCGAGGAGCAGUGCCAGCAACUGGAGCUUCAGGUGCACGCAGCGGAGGCCGCAGCAUCCGAUCAGGCAGCUCAGCGCCUCGCGCAGGAUCAGCCGCGAAACGAGGGGGACUUGCAGUCUCUGCUUAUCGAAAAUGCGGUCUACAAGGAUCGAUGCGAGCAGCUCAAGCAACAACUCGCCAAAGCAGAGGCAGAGGAAAGUGCGAAAGCGAGUCAGAUCCAAGCCCUCGCAGAACAGAAAGGCCUGUAUAUGGGGCGUUGUAAUCAGCUGGAGCAGCAGCUCUUCGAGGCUAAGAAGGCAACCUUUCCCUUGAGUGUCGGCCCACAACUUCAUCCCACGGACGAGCGCAGCUCCAUGUGCAGCGAAGAGUCCUGGGUGCAUCUGAGCGACCCAGGCUCCGUGGGGCCUGUGACGCAAAGCUCCACUUCCGGGAUCUCCGUGGACACUUCUGGGCCUCACUGCUUCAUGAUGGAUGCCACCUUCAAGGCUGAGAGUGGCGUCAUGGUUUCUGCCGAGGAGCUCGAAGAAGGCUCGAAGAUUUUGGCGGCUGAUGGCCUCGUGGUGCAGGUCGCUUCUCCGCCCAAGCAGCACCAGGCCAACAAGACGGUGCUGCUGCAAGCCGGGGCUGCUACACUUCAGGUCACACUGGACCACCGCGUGGUCCUCCCGGACAAGAGCACAGUGGAAGCCAGCAGGCUCCGUGUGGGCCAGGAAGUCAUGGUCCAGGGCAUUCCCACAAAGCUCACCAGCGUGGAUGUCCUUUUGGAACCUGUGACGGUGUGGGCCAUUUCCUUCCAGCCUGACCUGCCUGUGGAAGUCUUCAAGCCCUCCAUCCAGAGCCACGGGCACCGGCUGAAGAGGGCACGCCGUGGGCAUCGCCGCGCACGCAGUGCGGGCUCCAUUCCCCGCACGGAGGGAGACUAUGAGGACUGA